UCACUGCAACAAGUGUAAAAAUAAAAAAAAUAAAAAAAACUGUUAGUGGAAAAACAAAAUACAAUUUACAAAUUACAAAAUGGGUUGCAUGCGGUAUCUGUCUGACGCUCAUUUGAGGGGCUUCGAGCGUUACAAGUACAAUAGCAUAGACACUAGUUGGCUAAGUGUCUAUGUUAUGCACCCCUUCUGGAAUUACUGCGUAAAGUUCGUCCCUAAAUGGCUGGCACCCAAUGUCCUUACGUUUGUGGGAUUCCUCAUGACUGUUAUCAACUUCAUCCUGCUGGCCUACUACGAUUGGAACUUCGAUGCUGCCAACGACAAGGAGGUGGGCAACACAGUACCUGCCUGGGUCUGGACAGUGGCGGCCAUAAAUAUACUUAUCUACUACAAUUUGGAUGGCAUGGAUGGCAAGCAGGCUCGUAGAACGGGAACGAGUGGACCUCUCGGGGAGCUCUUCGAUCACGGACUGGACUCGUAUUCAGCUGCCCUCAUUCCCAUUUACAUAUUUUCACUCUUUGGCACCGUCGAUCUCCCCCCGAUUCGAAUGUUUUUCGUUAUUUGGAACGUAUUCCUCAACUUCUAUUUGACGCAUGUGGAGAAGUACAACACGGGAGUUAUGUUCCUUCCCUGGGGCUACGACUUCACCAUGUGGGGUGUAAGCGGAAUGCUCUUUGUGGCAACGGUCUUUGGUCCUGAAAUAUAUCGUUUCGACAUACACGGGUUCACAGUGGCCAAUGCUUUCGAGGUGCUUUUGAUUGGUUCCGGCAUUGUCAGCAGCCAUCCCAUCAUAGCUAGAAACAUAUACCUUUCCUAUAAAAACAAGACUGGCAAAAUGCGGCCGAUGUGGGAGAUGCUGCGUCCCUUCUUCGCCUUUCUUUGGCUGUUUGUGAUCACAACCUUCUGGUCCUUCUUUUCCCGCAACAAUGUAAUCAAUGAUGAGCCACGCAUCCUGUGGAUACUCUACGGAACCAUAUUCUCCAACAUUGCCUGUCGCCUGAUUGUGGCCCAAAUGUCGGACACGCGCUGUGACGGCUUCAACGUGCUGAUGUGGCCUCUGGUGGCUACAGUGGGUGUCUGCUGUUUCCCGUACUACCAGCUGGUGUUCGAAACGGAUCUCACGCGGGACGUGGAGCGUUGGAUUGUCCACGGUCUUACAAUAUUUUGCACAUUAGCUCACUGGCACUACGGCUAUGGUGUGGUUUCGGAAAUGUGCGACCACUUCCACAUUCGUUGCUUCAAAGUAAGACAGUCUAGUAGCCAAGCGGGCUCAGAUUUAACUCACCAACUUCUGCAGAAUAAUAACAAAGUCAAACCCCAAAAAAGUCAUUCCAACUAAAUCGCCCACUAACCCAAACCACAUCAACAAAUCGGGGACUACAAAAACCAACCAUCUUGUGAUAUAUAGUAUAUAUAUAGAAAUGGGUUCCAAUACAUUUGGCCUUCGCCUAUAUCUAGGUUUCCUAAGUGGUCCAUACUCAAUCAAAAAAAACAAAACAAAAAAAAUAAAAACUAAAUCGAUACUCGCCCCUCAUGCGGUCCUAACGUGGUAAAGUCCAUACAAAGCUAUUAUGUAGUCGUAAACCUAAUCGUAGUCUAAGCAAUUAAUCGUACUUAACAGUAGAAUAGGAUUAGACUAAGUGCAUGAGCCGUCGAGUGAUCCUUAGAGGCAACUAUAACAAGCAUGUUGAUAUUAUGGCAGAGCGCUAACUGCAUGAUCCGAUAAGUAUUACCCGCAUCAGAGAAUGAAGGCAACUACUGAAUGGAAUUGAUUAUUUCCAUGACAUUCUUAACGCUAUACUGACUGUACCAUCCACCGUAUUGUAAUUUCCUAUAGAUCAAGAAACCAGCUGCUAACGGGGAACAAGAACUGCAAGAGGCUCCGGAAAACGCCAAGCCUACGCCGGAGAAUAUUGAGGAAGUCUAGUUCAGUCCAGACUCCUGUCUAUGUGUUGUGUUAUCUAAGUUAAAUUGUUAAAAACACACUCAAAUUGUGUUUAGAUUAAGCUCGAAAUUGAAUAAAACAUAUACAAAUUCCGAAA